GGGGUGAAAGGGGUGAAGCAUAGUGAAGCCCUUCUAGUAAGAUUGAAGAGAAGCCAGAAAAAAUAUUUCAGGAAGAGGUAGUUAACAUUCAAUGCUUGUCAAAAAUGGUUCAAUCAAGGUAUACACAUGAUAAGAUAUCUAAAUCACACUUUACAGUGCGUGGACUUUUACGUGGUACUUUAUACUGUGCACUAUGGUACGGCAGCGUAGUGGCUGGGUUUUUAUUUAUCGCUUGUCCUAUGUUACCAUUGUUAUUCUUUAGCCCACCGAUAUUUCGAAAAUGUAACGAUCUCUUAUUUUCCUGUUGGGAACUUUAUUCCACAGCCCUUUUAAAAGUGUUUGGUGUACAAAUCCUUGUAUCCGGGGAUCAUAUAUCUCCAACCGAAUCUGCUAUACUUGUGAUGAAUCACAGGACACGAGUAGAUUGGAAUUUUUUGUGGGCGGCUAUGUACCAAGCAUGCUUACCUAGUAUAGCAACUCAUAGAUUAAAAUUUGUUUUGAAAGAUCCUAUAAGACACAUUCCAGGCCCAGGAUGGAUAAUGCAGAUGAAUGGCUUCCUUUAUAUAACACGUCGAUGGGAAGAAGAUCAAAGUCGAUUGUCACGUACUCUCGAUUAUUUAGUGGCCCUAGACAGACGAUCUCAAUUACUUAUAUUUCCAGAGGGUACCGACCUGACGAAAAAUAGCAAAGAAAGAUCAGACAGAUAUGCUUCGCAGCAUAAGCUACCCAAGUAUUCUUUUACUCUUCAUCCGAAGACAACAGGGUUUAGUUAUUUAGUUCAGCACCUUCAGCAAGCAAACUACGUAGAUGCCGUUUAUGACUUAACAAUUGCAUAUCCUGAUUACAUACCACAAUCUGAAUUAGAUUUUAUCAAAGGCAAAUUACCGAAUGAGGUGCAUUUUCAUAUUAAACGAAUACCAUCGUCGGAUAUGCCGACGCAUGAUUUGACAUUAAGACGAUGGUUGGAAGAAAGAUGGUUCGACAAGGAAGAAGUUUUGAAACAAUUUUAUGACAAAAAAACCUUCUCCGCUAAAAUCUGGCCUUUGACAAGACAAUUUCCUUUACAAGUCGCAUUAUGUUUUUGGAGUAUUUUAACAGGUGCUGCGGUACUUUUGCUUAUUAUUUCCCCGUUGUUCCAAUUAUGGGCAUUGGUUCUGUCAUCUUUUUUUGUUGCAUUGUCAUUUUUCAGUACUGGUUUCAAUCAGCUUGAAACGGGUUGGUAUUGGCGUUGGAAACUUAAUUUCUUAAAACAAAAACGUAGUUAAUAAGAUUUUCAAUUGUGGCUCUUUAGCGUGUAGUAUUUAUUUCUCUAAUAUAAUUCCAAAUAUACUUAAAAUUCGACGAAUAUUUAUUAUAUUUAUGAAUUUGAAGUAUAUUGAAAUACACUUGAUUUUUGAAAUUUAGUAGAAAUUUUAAGUGAUAGAACAAGAACUCAAAUCAGAACAUUGUAACGCGUGGGAACACUUAUUUUAUAAAGUAAAAAAUAUUUUACAAAUACGACAAAACUAUAUGAAUUAAUAUAAAAGAAAUGUUGCUCUUUAAUACCGACUGAAAUACUUACAUUCUACUAAGUACUAUUAACGAUAGUACUAUUAACGAUAGUUCAAAAUUGUAAGUCAAAAAAAUUUAAUGUAGUACAUGGAAUGGAAAGGAACGAUAGGACUGAAACAAUAAUAUUCGAUUUAUUUUAAUAUUAUAGCAAGUAUUAACCUUCUGUAGAUUGCCUUUAUAAAAUGUUAUAAACAUAAUAUUAGAAAUUUAACAUUUUGGAUUUCUAGUUGCAGCAAAGAAUUUAUAUAUACAAUAACAAUAAUUUUUCUCGCGCAAGGAAUCAUUGAUAUAACUACUGUUUACAAUUUGCUACUGUAUACUUUCUGACAAUAUAAAUGCAUUAUAUUUCAUAAUUUUAUCUAUACACGCUGUGGACUACAGAGGGUUAACGUUAAAAAUCAAAUUAAUACAUUUUUUAAAGAAGAACGUUUUGCUAACUCACAUUUUGUGAGUUUACUAUCCUCCAAAUAUAUAUCCAGUAUUAAUACUUAUAAAAUUUGUUUCCAUAUUAGGGGCAUCUUUUUCUAAACAUUAAUGUCAAGACUAUAAAUAAAACAUUAGGAUUUAAUUCGGCAGAAUUGAUUUAAUAGUAGGAGAGGACGUUUUUAAAUUGAAUAUUUUACAAUAGCGACCUUUAUACUUGUAAACUCGUGUUGUACAAAUUACUCAGAGACUUUGCUAUUCAAACUGUAAUAGUACUUUUAUCAAGUGUAGUUUGUAUCGUAACAGAUUUUAGAAAAACAGUUCUUACUGUAUUCUGUCGGUAGAAUAUAAUGAAACGACUAACAAAAAUCUUGAUAGCAUUCAAAAUAUAUUUGGAUCUGAAUGUUUCAAUCAUAAAAGAAGAUUUUAUUUCUACAAAUGUGUGUAGCUUUAUAAUGAGAAAUAUACUCUAAACGAUAUUAAAGUUAUUAAACUUUAUAAUUUUAGGGAAGCGUUUAAAUUUACUAUCAUUGUAUAAUGAUGUAGCCAGUAGUUACAUAUUUGAAUAAUACAGCAUACAUUUAUAUUUUGAUUUAUAAAAUUGCAACUUUACAUUUGAAAAUAUUGUUUAUAUACUGUACGUUUGGUUUAGACACAGUGAAAUCAUUGUAGCUGCAAUCAGUGCCUCAUUAUCUCAUAUUUCGAAGUACAAAUGUACAUACAUGUUUAACAAAAUUGCUCUGUAAGAUAUAUCAAAAUUCUAGAAACGAUAAAAUUCAAACAACAUAAAGUAUGAGAUAGUUAUGCACUUGGGAUUUCUUAAAGAAUUAUGACUAAUUUAAAUAUAUUUAAUUGAUACAGAAAACAAUAUUUUAUUUUAUUUAUUACAUAAAUCAAUAUUUGAAGAACAACUUUAUAAUAUUUUUAGGUAUCGUAAAGCUACAACAAUUGCUUCAACACAGAAACAAAAAAAAGUGUAAUUUGUAUCGAUGAAGUGUGUAGUGCGGAAUAUAAUUUUAGGUGUUUUGUUUGUAAUAGUAGCUGAUGUUUCAUUUUUCUAUAGUUAUAGAGGAAUUAUAAACGUAAGUAAAAGUGAAUUCGUGUGCCAAAGAAAUAUAUGUAUUAGCGUAUGUGUAUAAACUUUAUCGACAAGAACACAGUUUUAAGGAUUUGUCGUUUUUGAAAUAUUUCUAGUUCUCAACUAAUAUAAAAGUUCUAUGUGCGUUGAUUCCCAGGCAAACUAUAACGUAACUCUCAAUCUAUAUAUGUAUAAAUAUUGUUAUGAGAAUGAGGAAAUAUUAUUUUUAAUUAUAUUUCUUUAUAUUACCAUGUAAUGUGUCGUAACAGUGAAAUUGUAAAGUAAUCUUAAUAAUUUAUUUUUGGACAACGGUUAAUAUUA